AUGAUGGGCCAAUGGAAGAAGUUGACCUCCCUUGGUUCGAAUCGUGGUGGCCCACGAGGCAUUCGGAAUUCCAAGCUUUUUCCAUGUUCUCAGCCGAGUCGCAUCUUCUGGACCAGAUGGCAAAUGCUGGCAAGAACAGGAAUUCCUUUUCAGGUCGCGCUCACUCUUCACACCAUGUCUAAUGGCUGGCAUUGCAUAGCCCAGACAACAGCGUCCGCAGCUCUCAACGGAAACAUCAGGAAACAGAGGCUGUUCCAUCAAUGCUCCGCAGCACACCCGUCUGUCCAUGGCCAAAGGCACUGCCCCGGGGUCGGGGCUAACAGCCUUGAUUGCUCUACUCACAUUGCCAUUAUUCUACUGUCAGAGACUCGGAAAUCGAGGAGAAGUGGAGGAAGCAUGGAGUUGUGCUUGGCGGAUGGGACAGCAAGUGUGCAGCUAUCGCUAUCAACAACGCUCGGCACGCAAGCAAAAGUACCUGGGUAUUUGGAUCAAUCUCGUCACGCAGGUUUCUUGGAAUACGCGCAGUUCGCAAGCUGUGGACUGUGGAGUCCUAUAUAUCGGCAUCCCACCAGAACUUGUCGACAACACAUGCUAAGAUAUCCUAGACAAGCCUUACCCAGGCCUACAGUUGCGCUCCAUGGAAGGCCGCAAAGCUUACGGAUGAGGCAAAAGCUGCUGAAAAAGAGCGACGCAUCAAAGAGGCAAUCGAGAACAGCGAUCUGA